GGUAAUUUUCACAAAAAUAAACGAAGGGUGGAAAGAGGGGAGUCUAGACGGAACAUCGCCUCGAGUCAUCUGUGUCAUGGAGCAGCGGCGGCGGCAGCAGCUGCAGGAGGAAGCCUCCCAAGAGCUAUCAUCAGUCAGUGAGAAACCCGCAUCGGCAAGAGUAAGAACCGCACCAAAGCGUUUCGUUAAGAGCCAAAUCCCGGAUAACAUACUCAACGACUCAACCCUGAACGCCGCCAUCGCUCUUCUUCCUUCCAACUACAACUUCGAAGUCCACAAGUGCGUCUGGCGAGUGCUCUCCGCCAAAGCCAAGCGUGUCGCCCUCCAGCUUCCGGAGGGCCUCCUCAUGUACUCCCUCGUCCUCUCCGAUAUUCUCACCUCAUUCGCCUCCGUCUCCCAGUGCUUCGUCCUGGGUGACGUCACCUAUGGCGCUUGUUGCGUUGACGACCUCUCGGCCUCGGCCCUCGGCGCCGAACUUCUCAUUCACUACGGGCACAGCUGCUUGGUCCCCAUCGACUCCACCUCCAUCCCCUGCCUCUACGUCUUUGUGGACAUCCAAAUCGACAUCCAGCGCCUUCUCCAAACCCUAACGCUUAAUCUCCCCGCCACCGCUACCAAAAGUAUUGUCCUUGCCGGAACCAUCCAAUUCGCUUCGGCGAUCCGAUCCGUCAAGCCUGAAUUAGAAAAGCACGGUUACCAGGUCUCAAUCCCGCAGUCGAAGCCGUUAUCGGCGGGCGAGGUGCUCGGUUGCACUGCGCCAAAGAUUUCGAAGGAUGGUGGGGAGGUGGAGGAGGAGAGAGUCAUAGUGUUUGUGGCGGAUGGUAGGUUUCACUUGGAAGCAAUGAUGAUAGCGAACCCGGGAAUAAGGGCGUUUCGGUACGACCCUUAUAUGGGGAAGCUGUUUCUGGAGGAGUAUGAUCAUAAGGGAAUGAAGGAGUCGAGGAAAACUGCAAUUUUGAAGGCGAGUACAGAGGCCAAGAGUUGGGGCAUCGUGUUGGGGACGUUGGGGAGGCAAGGAAAUCCCAGGAUUCUUGAGAGGUUGGAGCGGAGAAUGGAAGAGAAUGGUUUCGAUUAUACGGUCGUCUUGAUGUCAGAGAUCAGUCCACAGAGGAUGGCAUUGUUCGGGGACACCAUAGAUGCUUGGAUUCAGAUUGCGUGUCCUAGGUUGUCCAUUGAUUGGGGUGAGGCGUUCGGGAAGCCGCUCUUGACUCCAUUUGAGGCCGAGAUUGCGCUCGGCUUUAUACCUGGUUGGUGGGAGAAGAGUGUUGCAGUGGGUUCAGGUACGGGAUGCUGCGCCAAGAAUGAGUCUUGCAAUGAAUGUGGAAACGGGGACUAUCCCAUGGAUUAUUAUGCUCAGGAUGGUGGGGACUGGAACUCAUCUUAUGCGAAAAACAAGAAGCCGUCCCGGCCUGUGCGGAGAAAUAUUGUGUCUUCUACUCAUGCUGCUGUUUCUUAACAUCGGAUCGUUUCAACGGAGACUGGGAUCGCGAGAGAAAUCUUGAGAAGUUAAAUUUGGAAAUCUGUGGCUAUUAUGUUAUGAUCAACGGCAAGAAAAUGUUGCUCCAUUGAGUUUGACACUGUUAUGAUGCAAUCAUUAAAUUAUAAUCCCACGGUCAGGGAUCUCCAAAUGAGUGCUCUCCAUCCUUACGGAUUCAAAAUGAUCCUCAUGCCUCAUUGAAAUGCCAUCCCCAACUCUUAAAUGGGUAAUGCACCAUAAGAUGGAAGAGAUGUUUGAAAUCACACUUUGCUAACAAGGAGAACGAAUUCACAGAGAUGUUUAUAUGAGGAAUAAUUACGGCACUAGGGAGCAAAAAAGUGGUAUGAGAAAAAGGUCGAACUUGUUACAAACUUAUUGUUUUUCUUAAGUUAGAGAUUUGUGUUCAAAACAGUAGCAAAUCGUGCAGGCAAGGAACCCUUGUAAGCAUCUGAUACAGCGACAGCAGCUUCUGCCA